UGGCCGAUAAGAACGGGACCCUCAAGUGUACCUUCUCAGCGCCCGGCCACAGCACCAGCCUUCUGCAGGGCCUGGCCACCCUCCGAGCGCAGGGCCAGCUCCUGGACGUCGUCCUCACUGUCAACAGAGAGGCCUUUCACGCACACAAGGUGGUCCUGGCGGCCUGCAGCGACUACUUCAGGGCCAUGUUCACGGGCGGCAUGCGGGAGGCUGGCCAGGACAUCAUCGAGCUGCAGGGGCUGUCGGCGCGGGGCCUGCGGCACAUCGUGGACUUCGCCUACAGCGCCGAGGUGACUCUGGACCUGGAGUGCGUGCAGGACGUGCUGGGCGCCGCCGUGUUUCUGCAGGUGCUGCCGCUGGUGGAGCUGUGCGAGGACUUCCUGAAGGCGGCCAUGAGCGUGGAGACCUGCCUGCACAUCGGCCAGAUGGCCACCACCUUCAGCCUGGCGUCGCUGCGGGAGUCGGUGGACGCCUUCACCUUCCGCCACUUCCUGCAGAUCGCGGAGGAGGAGGACUUCCUGCGCCUGCCGCUCGAGCGCCUGGUCUUCUUCCUGCAGAGCAACCGGCUGCAGAGCUGCGCGGAGAUCGACCUGUUCCGCGCGGCCGUGCGCUGGCUGCAGCACGACCCGGCCCGGCGGCCGCGCGCCAGUCACGUGCUGUGCCACAUCCGCUUCCCGCUCAUGCGGCCCGCCGAGCUGGUGGACAGCGUGCAGACGCUGGACGUCAUGGUGGAGGACGUGCUGUGCCGCCAGUACCUGCUGGAGGCCUUCAGCUACCAGGUGCUGCCCUCCCGCCAGCACGAGAUGCAGUCCCCGCGCACGGCGCUCCGCUGCGACGCGCCCUCGCUGGUGGCCUUCGGCGGCACGCCCUACACCGACAGCGACCGCGCCGUCAGCAGCAAGGUCUUCCAGCUGCCCGAGCCCGGCGCCCGCCACUUCCGCGAGCUCACGGAGAUGGAGGUGGGCUGCAGCCACGCCUGCGUGGCCGUGCUGGACAACUUCGUGUACGUGGCCGGCGGCCAGCAGCUGCAGUACCGCAGCGGCGAGGGCGCGGUGGAUGCCUGCUUCCGCUACGACCCGCACCUGAACCGCUGGCUGCGCCUGCAGGCCAUGCAGGAGAGCCGCAUCCAGUUCCAGCUGACGGCGCUGGGCGGCCUGGUGUACGCCACGGGCGGCCGCAACCGCGCGGGCAGCCUGGCCUCGGUGGAGCGCUACUGCCCGCGGCGCGACGCCUGGGACUACGCGUGCGCGCUCAAGCGCCGCACCUGGGGCCACGCGGGCGCCGCGGCGGGGGGCCGCCUCUACAUCUCGGGGGGCUACGGCGUCUCGGCCGACGACAAGAAGGCGCUGCUGUGCUACGACCCGGCGGCCGACCAGUGGGAGUUCAAGGCCCCCAUGAGCGAGCCCCGCGUGCUGCACGCCAUGGUGGGAGCCGGCGGCCGCGUCUACGCGCUGGGCGGCCGCAUGGACCACGUGGACCGCUGCUUCGACGUGCUGGCCGUGGAGUACUACGUGCCCGAGGCCGACCAGUGGACCAGCGUGGCGCCCAUGCGCGCCGGCCAGUCGGAGGCCGGCUGCUGCCUGCUGCAGGGCAAGAUUUACAUCGUGGGGGGCUACAACUGGCGCCUCAACAACGUCACGGGGCUCGUGCAGGUGUACAACACCGAGACCGACGAGUGGGAGCGGGACCUGCACUUCCCCGAGUCCUUCGCGGGCGUCGCCUGCGCCCCCGUCCUGCUGCCCCGCGCCGCCGGGCCCAGGAGGUAGCGUCAGUUAGUCCGUGCGCCCCUGCCGCAAGCCCCAGCGCGGGGUCCCCCGGCCCUGCCCCGCCUCACCUCGCCUCGCCUCAC